GGGGCGGGGCCGUGCUGAGGGGCGGGGCCGGGGAUUCCGCAUGGCCUGACCCUGCCCGGCCCCUGCCCGGCCCCUGCCCGACCAGGCUCCGGCUCUGCCCAGCGGAGCAGCUCGCCCCUCUGGCGGGGUGCUCAGCGCCCCCCCGGCCCCGGCAGCCGGGCUGAGGGCAGCGGGAGCCGCGCACGGCGGCUCCAGAGAAGGGCCAGCAGCCGCGGGACCUGGCCCGGAGCGGGUUUGCGUUGCACCACCGGGGUGGAUUGAGGACAUGCGAGUCCCGUGGGCAGCGGGCGCACGGCACCGGGCGGGUGCGGGGCCCGGGGGCGGCUCACAUCAGCGGCCCGCACGCCCCCUGCCCACUGUCCUUUCUCCCUGACAUCCCUCCCUCCAUCCCCACCACACAUCCAUCCAUCCAUCCAUCCAUCCAUCCAUCCAUCUAUCCAUCCCUCCCUCCCUCCCUCCCUCCCUUCUCUCUCUCUCUCCCUCUCUCUCUCCCUCCCUCCUUUCCUGCCUCCAUCCAUCCACCCACCUCCCCCGCGGUCGGAGCGGCCCCUUUAAGCGCGGCAGUGACGUCAGAGACGAGCACAUCUGGCGCGCUGCCCGCAGGCACAUCUGGCGGGGGUCACACCGCGCGCUGCCGGUGCCGCAUGACUCUGUCCGGUGCCCUCCGGGCCCUGGCGCUGACCCUGGGGGCCGCCGUGGCCGCCCUCGGCUCCCUCCUCUACAUCGCCUGGAAUAUCUACUUCUGCGACAGCAACAGCGGCACCGACUGGGACAGAUGGUGGGAGCAGGACCUGUGGGAGCAAGCCCCCCCCGAGGACCCGCUGGACCAGCGGCAAGUGCUGGUGCUGGGUCUGGACGGAGCAGGGAAGAGCAGUGUCCUGCACUAUAUCUGCAACCAGACGGCCAGGAAUCGGUUCACACCCACCCAUGGCUUCAACUGUGCCCAGCUUUCUAUUGAGGGGCUGGAGAUGGAGCUGCUGGAGGUGGGCGGCAGCCAGAACCUGCGAGCGUACUGGCCCCACUACGUGAGCCAUGCCCACGUGCUGGUGUUCGUGGUAGACUCGGUGGACAGGUCACGCCUGGGGACGGCGCGCCAGGAGCUGCACGCGCUGCUGCCCAUGGAGCCCCAGCUGCCGCUGGUGGUGCUGGCCAACAAGCAGGACAAGAGCGAUGCCCUGAGCACGGCAGAGCUGUGGGAGGAGCUGGGCCUGCACACACUUAGCGAGCAGCGGGAGCUCUUCCUCCUGCCCACCAGCGCGACCUGGGACAGCCUGAGCACGGCCAACAGCAUCCUCCACGUGAAGAACCUGCUGGUGACGCUGCUCUCCCAGCCCCUGAGCGCUCUGCCGCAGCAGGAGGGCAGCCAACCCCCCCCGGUUCAAGGAUGAAAUCUCCCUCAGGAUGGAAGCACAAGCUCCUGGUGAGCAGGAACAUGCAGCACCGGGCAGCGCCCCACACCUUCACAGCAGCCCUGCGGGAUACUAAAUGAAUGGGGCUGGAGAGGGAGCCCUCUCACCCACGGGUCAUCCCAGGAGGUGGGCUCUCCUUCCCGAAAAACAUGAGGAGUUGCUGCUGGCACAGCCCUGCCAGUGCAGUGCACACCAGCAGGAAUAACCAGCUCAGGCUGUCCCUUGCCACGGCUGAGCACAGCUCUCGAUUCCCCCAACUCUGUAUUUAAAGCCCUGUUGAGGAGAGAUGAAGGCAGGUAUUGGGCAGCCCUGCACUGCCCCUUCAUCCUCAACAGGGGCAAAGAUGGGCUGUUUGGUAGGAGCUGUGCCCAGCGGGCAUUUGCCUCCCUGCCUGAUCUCCCUCCCUCUCACCAGGUAACAGGGGAUGAAGGAAGCUCUGCCUGCAGGCAGGAGGCUGCUGGGUCAGCCCAUAGGGUGCUGGGUCCUGGAAAACUGAUCAUGGAAGCUAGGGAGCACAUUGGGGAAAGGGAGUAUGCAUCAGCCAGUCUCUGCUGUUAAACCUUUUGUACUGUCACUUCUUCCUUUUGUCAGUAAAAGAGGUUGACCACUCUG